AUGUCGUUCAACACGGACAAGCAGCAACCGUCCUCCAAACUACCUAACAUCCCGCUCUAUGCCCUGCCAAAUCCUGUUGAUCUAAGCCCCGAAGAUGACUGGACGCGUAUCAAAGAUCGCAAGAUGAAGAAUAGGAUUCAAAACAGGGUUGCCCAGAGAACCUAUCGCCAGCGCAUGAAGUCUCGCAUCGUCGAGCUCCAGGCCAGAGUAGAACAGAAUGAGGGCAACAGCAAGAGGCAGUCGGCCGUCGAUGAGGAGCCCUUUGCCGAUAGCGAUCCCUUGGACGUCGUCACGCAGCCAAACUUAUCAUCAACCAUGGCUCACAUGACGACAGCCGGUAUGGCCUCGCCGUCGGACUCGGCGGGCUCACCCAGUCUUCUGGACAAUGACGCAACGAUAAACGAACGGUUUGAAUAUAUCAUGGAAUGUGUGGAUGCACUGGGAUUCAACGACUUCGAUGCGCUGGUCAUUGCAUACUAUGGAGAAAAGUUUACAGAGUCCUCGCAGCUCGCGAACGAACAACGACUCAGCCGCAACAGGCGCCUCCCCAAGGCGAUAGCAGACAUAUUCAACGCCUCCAAGGAAUGGAGCGCCUGGGAGCGGCGGGGGUUCUUCGAGGAGAUAUUGCGGUCAACCGAGGCCAUGUUGGUGGCGGAGAAGAAGGACGCGAGCAGCGCCAUCAACGCUGCCCUUGCGCCUCUAAUGAUGACGGCGGAGACUCGGAAUGGUGCCAACAUGGCAAACACAGCACAGGUCCUGCAGGCCUUGAAGAAGACAAUUCCGAGGGAAGUAAGUUUGUUCCAAGAGACCAAAAGAUUCGGCCCUUCUGCGCAGAAGACAGCUAACGACGGGCAGCUUCCGAACUUGUGGACGAUCAUGAUUGCGUUGGCCUCCUCCAACGGCACCGCGUGGCAGAAAGACUCGGGGUCCGCGCUCGCGGCCACUCUGCUGUUACACUGCGCGGGGCGCGUACCCAAAGAACAGCUUCUCGCUCUGAUAGGCGCCUGCCUGUGA